AUCAAGAGGCAGCAUCGUCAGCCCCAGUGAAUACCUCCAGCCAGCUGCCUCCACUGCCCAGGACUCCCAGCCGUCUCCUCUCGCCCUCCUCGCAGCCACAUGUAGCAAAAUCGGUCCCCCCGCCGUGGAAGCCGCCGUGACUCCUCCUGCUCCUCCUCAGCCAGCACCUCGCAAACUCGUCCCCAUCAAACCUGCUCCACUCCCUCUGGGAUCCAGUAAGAACAGCUUUGGGAUCUUGUCAUCCAAAGGGAACCUCUUCCAGAUCCAGGGCUCUCAGGUUGGUGCCUCCUACCCCGCGGGGCAGCUCUUUUUGGCCAUUCAGAACCCAACGGUCAUCAACAAGGGCACCCGCUCCUCUGCCAACAUCCAGUACCAGGCGGUGCCCCAGCUCCAGACCAUGGGGGGACAGACCAUCCAGGUCCAACCCAACCUCACCAACCAGAUCCAGAUUAUUCCAGGCACAAAUCAAGCCAUCCUCACUCCUUCCUCUUCCUCUCACAAGCCUGUGCCCAUCAAACCGGCUCCGGCACAGAAGGGUGGAGCGUCACCGGCGCAGGGCACAAGCAACGUGGUCAAGUUGGCAGGUGGCAGCAACGUGACUCUUACCCUGCCCGUGAACAACUUGGUGAACACCACUGAGGCAGAGAGCCCCUCAAAACCCAUCAAAAAGACUCGAAAGAAAACAGUGUCACCUGCUGCUGUGGCCGUGGCUGAGCAGGUGGAGACGGUGUUGAUAGAGACCACGGCGGAGAACAUCAUCCAGGCGGGUAACAACCUGCUGAUCGUGCAGAGCCCAGGCUCUGGCCAGCCCGCUGUGGUGCAGCAGGUACAGGUGGUGCAGCCCAAGCAGGAGUCCCAGGUGGUGCAGAUCCCACAGCAGGCCUUACGUGUGGUCCAGGCUGCCUCUGCCACUCUUCCCACCGUCCCUCAAAAAUCUUCCCAGAACUUCCAGAUCCAGACGACGGAACCUACUCCUACCCAGGUCUACUUCAAAACACCAUCAGGUGAGCUGCAGACAGUGCUGCUUCAGGAAGCUCCAUCCAUGACAGUAGCUUCAUCUGGGACCUCAUGCAGUAGCCCCAUGUCCCGCAGCUCCAUCACAGGUGGCAGCAGCAGCAGCAAGAAGCCGGCCGUGCGGAAGGAACGUACCCUGCCAAAGAUCGCUCCCGCCGGGGGCGUCAUCAGCUUGAACGCGGCUCAACUGGCGGCCGCGGCCCAGGCCAUGCAGACCAUCAACAUCAACGGGGUGCAAGUCCAGGGUGUGCCUGUCACCAUCACCAACACCGGAGAGCAGCCAUCCCGCUUGCUGACGCUGACCCCAUCUUCUUCUUUCCAGCCCCCGUCACGGCUGCUGGGUGCUGUGCGAGGCCCAGGCUGCCGCCUCCGUGAGCGCCCGAGCGUGGAGCAGCCCUUAGGGGUCUGGCUGGG